UGAUGUCCCUCACACCACACCGUAGUUCGCCCUCCCUCCCUCUCGAGGGAGGAAAGUUUGGACAACCGCAAGUGUCACAUCUGAAAUUCUCUUGCAUCAAGGAUUUCGAUGACCUAUAAGAGGCAUAACAGCGGAAAACACCUUCGCAAACGCAGCAACUCAUAUGAAAGAUGACACAUACAAAUGUUUCUGGAGCAGAAAAGAAAAUGGCUUCUCAGUGGACUCGAGCAAACAGUGCAGAGAAGAAGGUGCCCCACACUCGCAUUGAGGAUGAAUCCGACAUACAGAAAAUCUAUUCCUUUGGGAGGAAAUUAGGUCAAGGCAACUUUGGCGUCGUCUGCGAAGCCACUCACAUUGAGACGCAGAGGAAGUGGGCAAUUAAGAAGGUGAACAAAGAGAAGGCAGGCACUUCUGGUGUAAAACAUCUGGAAAGAGAAGUGAGCAUCAUGAAACAAGUGAAACAUGAACAUAUUAUACAUCUGGAGGAAGUCUUUGAAACACCAAAGAGGAUGUACCUCGUGACUGAGCUUUGUGAUGGAGGCGAUCUAAAGGAUCUACUGCAGAAGAACAAGCACUUCACUGAGGAGGAGACCAGACACAUCAUCAAAAGCUUAUCUGAAGCUAUUGUUUAUCUGCAUAAAAAAGACAUCGUUCAUCGUGACCUCAAACUGGAAAACAUUCUUGUGAAGAGUUGUCACCAAGGCAACGAUAACGAUAUGGUCAAUAUCAAGGUCACAGAUUUUGGACUCUCUGUGCAGAAGGGCGGUGUAGGCAGUGAAAACAUGCUGCAGGCCACCUGCGGGACGCCUAUCUACAUGGCGCCUGAGGUGGUUAAUGGUCACCAGUACAGCCAACAGUGUGAUUUGUGGAGCAUUGGCGUCAUCAUGUACAUGCUGCUGUGUGGAGAGCCUCCUUUCAUUUCCAGCUCUAAGGAAAGGCUUUCUGAGAUGAUUAUGAAAGGAGAGCUAAUUUUCUCUGGCCCUGUGUGGCACACCAUUAGUGAUGCAGCCAAAAAUGUAAUACGGUGUUUGUUGAAUGUUGACCCAGCUCACCGCAUCACAGCCAAUGAGCUGCUAGAUAACCCUUGGAUUUCGGGGAUCUCCACCACCGUUACACGUACAAACGUCUUAGAGAUGAUGCGUCAGUUCCGGAACGCUCCAGAGGACGAAGAGAGUGUGGAGAUGAGUGAGGGACUGCAAAACCUCUCUCUCACUUCCUCUCAGGACAAAGGGUCAGGGCCGAGAACAUCUCAAGAGCUCUCAGUAACCCCAGCACCUCCUGAGGACGUCAUAGACAGUAGCAGUAGCAGCAAACCCUCCACCCCAAACAAGAAGCCUCUGAAGAAAAAACUAUCAGCCUCAUCCUCUAACGGUGUUAAGAAGAGUGCGUCUGCUGCAAAGGCCUGCAGCACUUUGAAUACAUCCGCUGCACAGUCCCACACGGGUUACAAACCCCCGGCUCAGCCAAGCACAAAAAGCUACAGCAAGGCCUCCUCCAUCUCGGGAUCCUGUCUCAAACCAUCAUCAACCGAAGCAGCCUCUGCAGCAUCCAACUCAAGUAGGCGCGAAAGCUUGUCCCCACGUCCCUACACCACUUCCAUCCACCGUUCCACCAAUCCAGGCUUUGGCUUCCAGGCUAAAAAACACAGCUAGACCUCGGCAGUGAGACUGCUCGAGUAGUUGCGUUCAGUGCCAAAGGUGAGAAAUUCAAGGGGGCCGCUGCUGCGUGGUGGGCCCGCUGGAUACACAAAUGACAGCCAGA